AUGUUGUCUUUUUGUUCCAGUGCCUAUAGUGCUUUAUUCGAUUUCCUCCAGUCAAAACCUCCAGACACCUACAAUGUGUCGACUCCAAAAGGAAAAGCCAAGAACUCACAGGAGCACAUGGUGGAGAAGGAAGAAGAAUUCGAGCUGAUUCAUCUAGACAAUCCCUCAGGAUCGCUGGCCCAGCAUCCUAAACAAGAUGUAUCUGGAGAUCUGAGGGAGAAAGAACAAGACCCAAAGAGGCUGAGGCUCAUCCUGGUGGGGAAAACCGGAAGUGGAAAAAGUGCAACAGGAAACAGCAUCCUUGGUCAGAAAGUGUUCCAGUCUCAGCUCAGUGCUAGACCAGUGACCAAGACCUUCUGGAUGGGGAGCCGAGACUGGGCUGGGAAGGAACUUGAGGUGAUUGACACUCCUGAUAUUUUGUCCCCUGGAGGUCCACAGGAAGUGGCAUGUAGGAGAUCCUGGGAAGCCAUCGUUUUCUCCUCCCCAGGGCCACACGCGGUGCUCCUGGUGAUAGAACUGGGCAGGUUCACAAAAGAGGACCAGUUGGUGGUCAGGCGCCUUCAGGAGGUCUUUGGAGUUGGAAUCCUGGCCUAUACCAUCCUGGUGUUCACCCGGAAGGAAGACCUGGGUGGUGGUUCUCUGGAUGAGUAUGUGAAAGAGACUGACAACCAGGAGCUUGCCCAGCUGGAUGUGUUUUGUGCCAGGCGCCACUGUGGCUUCAAUAAUAGGGCGGAGGGGGCAGAGCAGGAGGCCCAGCUGAAGGAGCUCAUGCACAAAAUCGAGGGGGUUCUGUGGGAAAAUGAAGGCCAUCAUUAUAGCAACAAGGCUUACCAAUACUCCCAGCAAAACCUUCUGCACACAGAAGUGCAAGGAAGGAAGAUCAUCCAGGGGCAAGGCUCUGGGGAAGGGCCCAGUGGGGAGUCCCAACUAGAGGAACUGCGCAGAAUUCAGAAGGCAUCUGAGGAAACUCACAAAUGUCUUCUGAAGUCAGCACCUAUCUAA